AUGCAACAAUCCAGCGCCCCGCCACCGCUCCCCCUCCGCCUGUACACCCACAACAUCCGCUACGCAACCACGGACCCCUUCCCGCACGAGUCCCCCUGGCCCACCCGCCUGCCACGCAUAAUCACGAGCAUAACCUACACCCAGCACCAGCACCCUUCCACCCUCAUUUGUCUGCAGGAAGUGCUGCACACGCAACUCCUCUCCAUCCUCUUGCUGCUGCCCCGCACCUACAGCUACAUUGGGCACGCGCGUGAUGACGGGCACGAGGCGGGCGAGUACUCGCCCGUGAUCUACGACACGGCGGUCUGGCACCUGGACCACUGGCGGAGUAAGUGGCUCUCGCAGACGCCGGAACGGCCAUCGAGGGGCUGGGACGCGGCGAGCAUCCGCAUCCUGACAAUCGGUUACUUCACGCAUCGAGGGAGCGGACGACAGGUUGUGAUUUUGAAUACACACCUGGACGACCAGGGGGUUGUCGCGCGGCGGGAGAGCGCUAGGAUGAUUGUCGAAGAGGUGGGAGAGAUAUUGGGGGAGGGGGAAGGAGGGCGGGGGGUGGUGCUUGCCGGAGAUAUGAACUCCCCGGAAGGAGACGACGCAUACAAGAUUUUCACCGCGCCCGGAAGCUUACUCCGAGAUUCGCGUGCCGACGUGCCGCCCGAGAAGCGAUACGGGCAUGAGAACACCUUCUCCGGCUUUGGGAACGAGGACGAGGUUCCGCAAAGGAUUGACUUUGUCUUCGCCGCCGAGGCGGAGGAGGGGAAGAAGGCAAACUGGACAAUAACCAACUACUCGGUCCUGGAGAAUAAAUUCGAUGACGAAAUCUACUCCUCCGAUCAUAGACCUGUCGUUGUUGACUUUAUCCUUUCCUAGUAUUUUUUUUUUCCUACCUCCUUUUUUAUUUCCUUUCUAUCAUUAUAAUAACUAUAUGAUACUUGUAAUUUUUCACUUCCUAUUCGGGACGUAGGGUAAAUCACCCUGGGGUAGGAGAAAGGCAAUGAUACCAUAGGAAUGAAUGAAUGAACGGUCACGAUACGAAUCU